AUGAACGCCCCCACUGAUGAAAACUGGCAACCCAAAGCCAUUGUCUUCGAUCUCCUCACCGGCCUCUUAAACUCCUGGGAUAUAUGGGACGCAUCAACCCCAUCCAAAACCCACCAAGACGGCGGCCGCUGGCGUCAGCGCUACCUCGAAAUCACCUUUGGCACUGGCUCCUACAAGCCCUACGAAGACCUUGUCAGACAAGCCGCCGCUGAAGUCGGCCUCCCGCCAUCAGCACCUGAAGCACUCCUCAAGAACUGGUCUAGCAUUAAAGCGUGGGAGGAAGUCCCCUCUGUUCUUCAAGCUUUAAAAGCGCAGGGUUAUAAACUUGGCGUUAUUACCAAUUGUUCGAAGCACUCGGGAUAUAUCGCUAUUCGUGGUGUCGAGGAGCAGGCUAGUGUUGGGUUUGAAACACCGUUUACUUUUGAUGCUGCUGUUACGGCUGAGGAGAGUGGGUUUUACAAACCUGUUAAGGAAGCAUAUGACGCUAUCCUCCCAAAUUUGGGGGUUGGAGCUGAGGAUAUCCUUUUCGUUGCUGGAAGUGCGGGGGAUGUUGAGGGUGCGACAAAUGCUGGGAUGAAGGUUGUUUGGCAUAACAAGAUUGGGUUAGCGAAGAAGGGCAAUGCGAUUCCGUUGAGGCAGAGUAGGACAUUGGAUGAUACUCUGAAGGGGUAUUUAGAGAAGUGCGAGUAG